GCGGGGGCCGAUCCAUGAAGGUCUCCCUCCCUCCCUCCGCGCACCGGCGCAGGAUCAGGCCCGGGCGCUUGGCCGUGGCCGCCACCGCCUCCUCGAGGGAGAGCGAGCAGGAGCAGCUCCGGCGCCGCCGGUCACGCGUUGGAUUGCGUUGCGCGGAAUUUGCGCCGCUGCGUCUCACCCCCCUUUGCGCGGUGGGGGGGGGUCGUCCGGGGCCGGAGGGGCCUCCUGCGGGCAGGCGGGCGCGCAACGGGUGUGUGUGGGGGCAGCGGGGUGAUCCAACCGCCCCAUGGCUGUGAGCCAGGAGCACUACGGUGACUACCACCGCCUGCCAGACUACGAGGAAGACUCUCCCCACGAGGAUGAGGAGGAGCUGCUGAUCCACGUCACUGAGGGGCUGAAAGAUUCAUGGCAUCACAUCAAGAACCUGGAUAACUUUUUCACCAAAGUCUACCAUUUCCACCAGAAGAAUGGCUUUGCCUGCAUGAUGCUCUCGGAUGUCUUUGAGCUGGUGCAGUUCCUGUUUGUGGUUGCGUUCACCACCUUCCUGCUGUGCUGCGUGGAAUACGACGUUCUCUUUGCCAACCGGCCGGUCAACCACACCUCGCCCGGGGGAGGCAGCCUGGGGCCUGACAGGAGCAAAGUGACCCUGCCGGACGCCAUCUUGCCCACGCCGCAGUGUGCGGAGAGGAUCCGGGCCAGCGGCUGGAUCAUCUUCCUGCUGGUGAUGGCUGCCACCUUCUGGUUGUACCGCCUGGUGAAGGUGCUUUGCAGCCUCCUGAGUUACUGGGAGAUCCGUGCCUUUUACACCAGGGCCCUCAAGAUUCCUUCGGAGGAGCUGUGCAACCGCAGCUGGCAGGAGGUGCAGGCCCGGCUGAUCGUCCUGCAGCGGGAGCAGCAGAUGUGCGUCCACAAGCGGGAGCUCUCGGAGCUGGACAUCCACCACCGCAUCCUGCGCUUCAAGAACUACCUGGUGGCCAUGGUGAACAAGUCCCUGCUGCCCCUCCGCGUCCGGCUGCCCCUGCUGGGCGAGGUGGUCUUCCUGACGCAGGGCCUCAAGUACAACCUGGAGCUGCUCUUCUUCUGGGGGCCCGGCUCCCUCUUCCAGGGCAAGUGGAACCUCCAGCCCCCGUACAAGCGGGCCAGCGCCCGCCUGGAGCUGGCCCGCAGGCUGGGGCGCAGCAUGCUGCUGCUGGGGCUGGCCAACCUGCUGCUCUGCCCCUUCAUCCUGGUCUGGCAGGUGCUCUACGCCUUCUUCAGCUACACGGAGGUGCUCAAGCGGGAGCCCGGCAGCCUGGGGGCCCGCCGCUGGUCCCUCUACGGCCGCCUCUACCUGCGCCACUUCAACGAGCUGGACCAUGAGCUCCAGGCCCGCCUGAGCCGGGGCUACAAGCCCGCCUCCAAGUACAUGAACUCCUUCACCAGCCCCCUGCUCACCCUCCUGGCCAAGAACGUGGGCUUCUUUGCCGGCUCCAUCCUGGCGGUGCUCAUCGCCCUCACCGUCUACGACGAGGACGUCCUCACUGUCCAGCACAUCCUGACCGCCAUCACCCUGCUGGGGCUGGUGGUCACCGUGGCCAGGUCCUUCAUCCCGGACGAGCACCUGGUGUGGUGCCCGGAGCAGCUGCUGCAGAGCCUCCUGGCUCACAUCCACUACAUCCCGGACCACUGGCAGGGCAACGCUCACAAGUCGGAGACGCGAGAGGAGUUGGCCCAGCUCUUCCAGUACAAGGCCGUCUUCAUCUUGGAGGAGCUGCUGAGCCCCAUCGUGACCCCCUUCCUCCUCAUCUUCGCCCUGCGCGCCAGGGCCCUGGACAUCGUCGACUUCUUCCGCAACUUCUCGGUCGAGGUGGUGGGUGUCGGGGACAUCUGCUCCUUUGCCCAGCUUGACAUCCGCAACCAUGGGAAUCCCCAGUGGCUCUCCCAGGGCAGAACGGAGGCCUCCGUCUACCAGCAGGCAGAGAACGGCAAGACGGAGCUCUCCCUCGUCCACUUCGCCAUCACCAACCCCCGCUGGCAGCCCCCACCCGAGAGCUCCCUCUUCAUCGGCCACCUGAAGGAGAAGGUGCAGCAGGAUGCCGCCCUCGCGCCCCCCGCCCAGCGCCUUCUGGCCGAGGCCCCUUUGGGCGCCUCCUUCCUUUCUGACGAAGGACUCAGCACCGUGCCGGACGCCCUGCUGGCCAGCGUUCUGGCCCACCCUGUUCUGGCCGCCGGCAGCCCGGCCCCUCCAGCCGAGCACCGGCGCUUCUUCACGCGACCGGGUAGCGCGGCCAGCGCGGCCGCCAGCAUCUUGGCCUCCCUCUCGUGCUCCCAGCUGCCCCGACACAGCUUCCCUCCGGGCGAGAACUCUGUCUACCGCAGCGACAGCACCAUCCUGGGGGCCAGCGUUGCUCCCUCCGAGAGACGCCAGGGGCCCCUCUCCCGUUCGGUGCUGCUCUCCGAAUUUGCCUCAGCAGAGAUGAGCCUACACGCCAUUUACAUGCAUGAGCUUCACCACCAGCAGCAGCAGCAGCAGCAACGGAGGGGGUCAUCCUCAGCCUGCACGCCUGUGCGGCCGUCGGCACAAGCAGAGGCCAAGAUGCCCACGCACACACAGAGCCAGGAUCUGGCCCUCGCGGGCUGGGAAGAGGCACCGGCUGAGCAGCAGCAACAGCCAGAGAAGGAGAAGAGCUAGCACAUCCUGCCCCCCCCACUCCAUGCCCUUCAUCCCUCUUGGUGUUUCUGGGCGGUUGAAAGCUGCCGACGUCAAUUCCCCGAGAGGAUGGCUGCCACCACCCCAGGAGUGGGUCCAGAAGAAGGGCAGCAGCGCCCCCUCCCUCCAUCCCUCCCUCCUCGGCUGUGGGCUUUGAUGUGAGGAGGGGCCUUGACAGUGUUGCUGCAGCCCUUCCCCCCCCCACACACUCGGGGUUCAGGCCCUUUUUGGGGGGAAGGGCGUGUGAAUAAGCUACGGGCCGGAUCGGGCCCCUGCCUGGUGCUGCUUGUGUUUGUAGGGUCAGUAGAGAAUGGCUUGCGGGAGAGGUUGGGGCCCUCACCCCACCCGCACCCCCCCUGCACCCGUGCCCUUGCUUUCCCUGCCAUCCCUCUGCUGCUAAGAGGUGUCGCCUGCGCUGAGCCAGCUUGGGCGCGCACCCACACGCCCGCCCACGGGCCAGGCUGCUGCGCCGGAAGCACAGGGGUUCAGGUUCGUCCGCCGUGGUGCUCUCGUUCAGGACAGUUUGGGGACAAUAAAUGUUUACAGGUGUGGCA